GACUUUCCAAGAAAAUGGCCACCGCCCAGCAGUUUUGCCUCCGAUGGAACAAUCACCGAUCCAAUCUUCUCACAGUAUUUGACGAGCUUCUUCAAAAUGAAGCAUUCACAGAUGUCACCCUGGCAUGCGAGGGUGGUUCUCCCAUCAAAUGCCACAGAAUGGUACUAGCGGCCUGUUCUCCAUACUUUCAAAACCUAUUCACCGACUUGCCUUGCAAACAUCCUGUAGUAGUACUCAAAGACGUUAAGCAUGCAGAAAUUAAAGCUAUUCUAGAAUAUAUGUACAGAGGUGAGGUAAAUGUAGCUCAAGAUCAAUUAGCUGCUUUACUUAAAGUAGCUGAGGCUCUUAAAGUAAAAGGAUUAGUAGAGGAAAAUAGAUCCAAUAGAAGUCCCAAACAGGAAGAAGCUAUGGAUCAUUCACCUUCCAUAUCCACUUCAAGUUCUGUAAUGCAAAACAUUGUGCACAGUAGCAGCAAUACUUCACCACCUCAUUCAACGAAUACUCUUUAUAAGAAUUCCUACAAUAUAUACAACAACAAACCUCCCCAAGACUCUAGGCUAAACCUGCCAAUGUGGGCUAUGCCCGGUCUACCUCUUCCUUCUCACACUUCUUCACAGAUUCCUACUAAUAACCACCCUAGCACAGCAAUGCUCGGUGGUUGUUACGAUGUUGCUACGUCCGAUAUGUCGCCAUUAAAAAGAAAAAAAUUGUCCAGUUUGCUCAUGCAUAGAGAUACACCAAUCUUGAGGACUGUUUUAGGGCAGGGUCAAGCCGAUUCCUCGCAACCAGUUAGUUUAGUUUGCCACCCCGAUAGCGCCGAACAAAGUAACGGAAAUGAAGACAGACUGAAGCAUAUGAAAAACGAACCUUCAGAAGACGCUCAAUCCCCGUAUACAGACUUCACUCCCAUGAACGACGAAGAAGAUAAAUCUAAAUUAGCAAUUCCCUCCUCGUCUCCUCAGUCGUUCUCUCGCGAAAUGCGUGCUGUUCCACCAGGUAUAGCCCCAUACGUACCUAAUCAGGUACCUGAAUAUAAGAGAUAUAAACAGUACACCAGAGACGAGAUCAUGGCAGCUAUUGAAGCUGUAAGGAACGGCAUGUCUGCCCUACAAGCUGCGAGAAAAUACCGUGUGCCUUCGAGGACGCUAUACGAUAAAGUCAAAAAGUUAGGAAUAACGACUAGUAGACCUUUCAAGCGAGGAUCUAAUGGAAGCUCAUCUUGUUUUUCUUAUGGAUCACCGUACAGUGGACAUCUUUCUGAAUCCGACGAAAAUCCUAACAAUUCCUCUCUAUUAGAGGCAAGCAGUUUCCUGCAACACGCUUUAGAUGGGAGAGGAGGAGACGAACGCGAAGCUUUAGCAGCAAUGGCCGCUGCAGCAGCUGCCCAUGCAAUAGCUUCAGGACAUUCGACAAGCCCAAGUAAUCUUGGACGAGCCCGAAGCCCAAGUCCUAGCCCUACAAUGAUCAAAUAUAUGAGACAUGCAAGUUUGACUCCUUCUCCCGCCCCAGGAAGUGACCACCACCAUUCCCACAGCGAGACAAAUGGAAGUUCGGAGAGAGAUCACGAAGAAGAGGAAGAUCAGGUCGAAGAUCUAUCAAUAAACAGAAAGGAGCAACACAGAGAAAGAGAAUCGACAAGAGUAAUAAUGCCUCCUAUGAAUCAAGUGUCUGCAAUAAUGAAAAAGGAGGAACUACUAAUAGACAGCCUCAAAGAAGAGGCACGGAGAGAAGUAACCUUAGACUGUGAAGGCGAAUAAUGUGUAAUAAACAAUGUCUGGACUCUAUUGAGAAGUUUUAAAACCAGUGUUAAAUUUUAUGAUAUAUAGUUUAUUAUUUUGAGAAAUGCAACCUCGAUUGACUGAUGUUCAGUGCAAUAUGUUUUAAUGCCGUACUCACUUUUUACUAUUAGCUCUUAGAGUAGAAAAUGUGAGGAAUGAACUAAAUGUGCUGGAGAUAUUGACAUCGGUAUUAUGUGACAUAAAAACAAUGACAAGGGGUACAUAAUAUCUGCAUUUAAAGUAUACAGCGUAUAUAAAAUAUACACAUUUUAUACAAAUCAAAAUUUAGUUGGAAUUGAUAUAAAACUGUCGUUUUUUGAAAAAUUCUAUUUUGCAAUUAUACAGGGUGUCCAGAAACUCUACCGACAAACGAAGACAGAAGAUUCCUCAGAUAAUUUUAAGACAAUUUAACCAAAUUAGCCUAGUCCUAAAAUGCUUCCUAAGGGAGCUAGAGCUCUUUGAAGAUGGCGUCUGGUAUUUAGUUUUUCUUAAAUACCUCCAGAACGCUUCUGGUUAGAAAAACGAAAAUUGGUAAGCAUUUUUUGAUCUUUCAACGAUAAAUCUAUUCCAUUCAUUGCGAAUUUCUUGUACCGGUCAUAGGCGUCCGUUUUGAGUAGGAUAACGGUUAUUUUAUCGCGUAACAUUUUUGUCUUUAAAUUUUAAGCAUUUUUGACUCUGGACUAUUAAAUUCUGAGGUAUUUUAGUACUAAAAGGUACUCCUCUUUUAAGUCGGUGGAACACUCCAUUUUCUAGAAAAAUCGAUUUGAAAAUUUUUCGUCUCUUGAAUUUGAAAAAAAAAUCAAAAAUUGUUUUAAAAACGGUGUGUUUGACCAACUUAAAGCAGGACUAACUUUUAGUACUAGAAUACCUCAAUUUAAUAAUCUAGUGACAAAAAUGCUUAAAAAUUAAAGACAAAAAAGUUAUGUGAUAAAAUAACCGUUGAUCUACCCAAAACCGAUGCAUAUGACCGGUACCAGAAAUUCUUAAUUAAUGAAAUCGAUUCAUCUCUGGAAUAUAAUUAAACGUACAAGUUUUCGUUUUUCUAAAUAGUUUUUUUUUUAUUUUUUUUGAAAUUAAAAAAACGAAAAAUUUUCAAAUCGAUUUUUCUAGAAAACGGUUUAUCCUGUCGACCUUAAGAAAGAGUACCUUUUUGUACUAGAAUACCUCACACUUUAAUAAUCCAGAGUCGAAAAUGCUAAACAAUUAAAUACAAGAAAGUUAUGCGAUAAAGUAACCGUUGUCCUACCCAAAACGGACGCCUAUGACCGGUACUAGAAAUUCGCAAUGGAUGGAAUCAAUUUAUCUCUGGCAGAUUAAUACGCAUACCAACGUUUGUUUUUCUAUGUGGAAGAGUUCCGGAGGUAUUUAAGAAAAACUAAUUACCAGACGCCAUCUUCAAAUAGCUCUAGCUCCCUUAGGAAGCAUUUUCGGACUAUGUGAAUUGGGUUAAAUUGUCUUAAAAUUAUCUGAGGAAUCUCCUGUCUUCGUUUGUCGGUAGAGUUUCUGGACACCCUUUAUAAGUAAAAAUGUAAAUUUAAUGUACGCCCAGUUAACAACUAUGUACAUAUCUCUUGUGCCUAUAAACAAACUAUUUAUUAUCACAUCUACAAGUGAACAAAUAAAAAAGUUUUCUACAAUCGAUAAAAUCUACCUGAGGAGACCUAUACUAAAUUUACAAUCAAGAUACAGUAGAAAUAAACAGACCAAGACACGUUAAAUGCUACUAGGAGCACUCCCAAAUCAUAAUUUACAAUGUAUAUACAUUGUAAAUUCCAAAUCAUGAUUAACACAGUUUAUACAUUGUAAAUUAUGAUUCGGAAGUCCUCCUAGUAGCAUUUACCCUGUCUUGGUUUGUUUAUUUCUACUGCAUCUUAAUUUUAAAUUUAGUAUGUAUAAAAUAAAUAAAAUAUUAACGAAAUCAGUGUUUGCUGUAAUCUAAUUACAAACUGAACCAGUAGUUUAAUAGUAGCUAUUUUUGCUCAACUUAUAUUCUUAUUGUAGUUUUUAGUCAGAUCUCAUUUUUUUUUAAUUCUAGAUGUUCUUUUUUCUACAUUCUUUUUUUUUUUCGUUACAUUGUAAGAUUCAAAUAUUCUAAAUAUUUUACAACUAUUCAUAUAAUAUUAAAAAAUUUUAAGUUUACGUGGUUAUUUUGGUUAUAUUUUAUAAUUACAAUAUCUUUAAAUUGAUGAGUUAGUACAUUGUUUAAUUUGUAAUAAAUCGCAGGUACAGAAAAACAUAUCAAAAUAAAGCUAACAUACUCAAAAUUCUAUUAAAUUGUUUUGUAUUUUUCAAUUCAAUUCGUCAAAUACGUAAAUAUAUUUUUGGCAAUUGUUUGUGACCCCUUUUGUAAAGUGAAUAGCUUUAACAUGUUUAUUCCUACUAGAAAUUAAAAAUAGAGCCUUACAUACAGAUUUUAUUAAUCGUGUGGAACUGUGGAAGUUAAUAGAUAAAAAAUGUAACGACAAUUAUCGAGGCCCAACGUGAGACAUGGCUCCAAUAUAAACGUAUUCACCAACAAUGCUUGCUACAUAGUUCAUGUAUUAAACUGUUCACUUGAAAAGGAUGCAUUUGUAUCAAAAGGCUACAAGACACUUUUGUUUUCGGUGUUUUAUUUUUAUAUUAAGAUUUUGUUGGAGUCUUUGUGCUACGUGUUCUAGAAAGCGCCUAAGAAGUAUAAGUAUUUUUGAAAAUGUCACAUAUUUCCAGACUUUAGUAGUCCUCAUAUUUAACUAGUGUUUAACUGUAACGUGUGCCUACAUGGAAUGCUUGCAACGCAUUGAGACCAGCUCAUAUUUUUGCUACAAGUUCCUCUGCAUAUAGAGAGCCCGACGAUAAUAAGACUGAUAGAUAUUAACUAAUAUUUUUUUACAUGAGACUGAUGAUUUAAAAAUAAUUAGACAAAGCAAAGAGGAUGGUCGCAUGCUUGAGCAUAUCAUUUUGCGGGAUGUCUUCCCUGCGUAUAGACCAAAUAAAAGAACAUAAUGUCCGUAGUUAAGACUUAAAUAUUAAUUAUAGGGUCAUUCGUAAAAUAAGGUUCCAUAUGCCACUGAGAAAGAGUGCGAUGAGCUGAGAGAAAUCUGGCAACACUGCCUUAUAUAUCAACUCUCUCUCCCUCUCUUACACAUUGCUCAGUGUUGACCUAGCAGACUUCGAAGAUGGAGGCCACGGUCACUGUUAGCACCAAUGUGAAAUUUAUUCUGUGAUACGUUUUUUAAAUGCAAAAUUCAUUUAUUUCAUCUAUUGACACUCGUCAGUUAAUUGAAGUUUAUGGGUAAAAGUGCAUAUUGAUUCAACAUGUUUGCAACGAACGGAAAUUCACGAUGAAGAUGGAAGCGGAAGGCCUUCCAGAUUCAUCGUGAAUUUCCGUUCGUCCUUCACUGAAUUCUCUACACCAUUUGCGAACAUGUUGAACAGAUAUGCACUUUUACGCAUAAACUUUGAUUAACUGACGAUGAAUGUCAUUAGGUGAAAUCCAUUUUGCAUUUAAAAAACAUGCAAAUAGCAUACAUUUCAAACAACCUCCAGCUUCGAAGGCGACACUGAGCAAUGCAGCCAAGUGAAAGUGGUUUGGUGAGAGAGAGGGAGAGUUGAUGUGAAAAGAGGUGUUGCCAGAUUUCUUCCUUUCUCCACGGCAUAGGGUACCUUAUUUUUCGAAUGACCCUCGUAAUACCAAUAUUUUUUACGAAAACCCCUUACCAAUUGAAAACAGCUGGAACCGUUCUUGAAUUAGUAAAGGAUUUUGCAGAAAAAAAAAUUGAAUUACUAAAUUAUAUUAAUGACUGGUCGCAGGGAACACAUUUACCGGGUGUUAUAUCUUAAAAAAGAUGUAAAUAUUUUUUUACUUUUAUUAAUUAUUGCUGAGGGGCAUUAAGCCAGAAAUUUUAGAGGUACUGAAUUUUUUUUAAGUAACGUAUAACUCAAGAUUUUUUCGUCAGCGUCCUACACAUUAUGAUCUCAAAUAGGAUAAAAAAUUAUUAAAUAAUUAUAGUUUAUAUUUUUGAAGUUCUUUUCGAUGAUUUCGAUAAAACAUAACGCCAGAUUUAGAACUUAAAAACAAAUAUAAUAUACAAAAAAUAAUAGUGUCCAUAAAAAUAAAAAAUUACCCUUACAAUGUUAUAUUUAUAAAUAUAUUAUAGAAUAGGAUGUAUAUUUUUUCCAAUAAACUUGUUUAUUUAUCAGCCAUAUGAUGGCUUUAGGAGUUUUAUGAUUUCCACUUAGUGGAUUAUGACUUUCUCGACAUUCUCUAUUGUAGCUUUACACAAUUUAAAUAUUGCCAUUUUGUAUUUUUUUGAGGUCCUUUAAUUUGUAGCUUGGCUGGUUUAUGGUUUACUUGAUGCUUAUCCCAAUUUGGCUGUCCAACACUAAUACCAUCUAUACAGCAACUAUAAGGGUUUAAGAGAAUCAACUUAAUUUUAUAGUCCCGUUUAAUCUUCCUAUAACGUCUUUCAUAGCGAUGAUUACGGAGAUAAUAUAUGGUCUUCAUAAAAAGAACUUUACAUAAUGCUUUUUUCUUGUCAGAAAACUUGUAUUAAAUAAGAAAAUAAUGUAUACUAAUAAAUUAGAAUAAAUUGGGAUUCUUCUAUGAAUACUUUAUUUUUAUUACAUAACACUUUUACAUAACUUGUAAAAAUUAUAAACCAGGGUGCACUACUAUGUUAGCUCGAAAUUCAAAAUUGUUCAAAGUAUUCAUCUUCCUAGUUCGCAAGUGUUCUGUUUGUUUUACUUGUCCAUUGUCUUCGAUAUUCUAUUGUAUCGACCAUUGGUGACAUUUUUUGUAUUUACAGUACAGAUACAUACGUGGAAACAUUGUAUAAUAAUACCCUUCUUAUAAACUCUAAAAUGGAGAAGAGUGAGAGAUAAAAAUUAUUUUUAGUAAACGAUAUGUAGAUUACAUACGUGCCUUUUCAAUGUAACAUUCAGCCAGUGGCGGAUCCAGAGAGGGGGUCACGGGGUCAUGACCCCCCCCCGCAAAAGAAAAAUAAAUAUCAAUUCAAUAAUUCUAAACAAAAAGGAAAAAAAGAGCUGUCAAACAAAAAAAAUUUAAGCCCCAAAAAAAUUGAAAACCCACUUAUCCUUGGUAAGACUAAGUGACCUUGCAUAAGAGAAAAGCAAUUAAAUCACCCUCAAGAUCCAUAACCCCCCCCCCCAAAUUCUGGAUCCGCCACUGCAUUCAGCUCUAUGCUUUAUGAAAUCAUCGAAAAGAACUACAUACUAAACGUGUAUCCAAGACUGACUAGAGUCUGGCUAAAGUUGGUACACAAUAAAUUUCACAUUUUUAUUUAAAAAAAAAUAUAGGUAAACUUAGUGUUUGGACCUGUAGAGAAAUUAUAAAUUAUGCAUAGUUUAGUAGCGGACACCCAGUUUUUUAUUAGAGGGUUGAUUUCUAAAUUCAGACCUCUAUAAUUUAUAUUUCUUGAUCGGAAGUAGGUUCAAUGUGAUUACAAUAAAUUUAUGUGGUUUUGGGGUUUUUUAGGAAACGUAUUAUAUUUCAGUUACUAUAGCGUAAGUGAAAAUACAUUUGUAAGAUAUUCAAUCUGUUGGCUCAAUUUUUAAGGCACCGGAUAAUUGUUAACAGAUUUUUCGAGUUUAUUGUGUCGUCAAGAGUGUUUUUGUUGCACUUUCGAGAAUUUCAUAGUUUUUAAAUACCAAAUAUUUAAUCAAACCAAAUAUAUACCUACAGUCUUCUAUAUAAAGGUUAAAAACGAAUUAGUAAUUUGCCAUAAAUGGUAAUUAUAAAAAUAAAGAGAUUGAUUAUUUGUAGUGAGUCCCCUUGCGAAGGUAAAAGGUGCCCGCCAGCAAAACUAGCAUAGGCACCCUUCGUUUUUUUUAAUUAGUAUUUUGUAUAACACCAACAAAAAAAGCUUAUUUUGGCGCUCCCAAAACAGAGGCGCCCUCCUGCAGUACAUCCCUUGCAAGCCUGUUAUCACCGGCCCUAUAUCUUACAUAUUUUCUGUAGCUAUUCAUUUUAUUUGCAAAUAUAAUAAACGUUGCUAACUUUAUCAGCUCACUUGCCCUCGCUAACAGUGGCGGCUCGUAAUUUUUACAAUAGGGGAGGCUAUACCUAACUGUAAAAUAUCUAGACAAAUUUGCACUAGCAAAAAAAAAAUCCGCUAAAAAAAUCUAAUUUAAGGCCCCAUUUUUUUGACCAUUUUUUAUUUACAUUUUAUAAUAUCAUCAUAAUUCACAAUUUCAUAAUAUCAAUCAUUUUGAAAAUAGUUAGUCUAAUUGUAAAAGUGUAUUACCAAAGUUUGUGUCGUUUAUUUGUUAACAAUUAUAUCUCUGCAAGUAGAUAUGCAUAUCAAAAUAAAUACAGAUUUGAAGUUUUGCAGUCCAUACAGGUUGAAGGUUCACAUUUUUUAAGAUAACUGAAUUUUUUUAAUUCUAAAAGCGGCCUACUGCGAAUCCCAAAAUACGGUAAAUUACCGAUAUUUUGCUUUGCAUUACAGAUAUCGGAAAAAGUUAUUUGAACAAGUUGUUUC